GUUACUUAGACUUUCUGUCCCCUGUUCCAGAAAUACAUUGCCACUAUUCCCCUGGUGAUGUACGUCAGUGGCUUCGCUUCCUCUUUCAUCAUGAAGCCUAUCAGCAAACUCAUCGGCAAAUGUAUGACCUACUUUGUGGGCCUGCUGCUGAUCAUGGCCUUCUCUUAUUGGGUGUUGAUAGACGACCAGAUGGGUGACCGGAUCUACGGGGCGUCCGUCCUUCUAGGGGUGGGGUCAGCUACCAUCCUGGUGAUGUCACUCUCCAUGACCGCUGACCUCAUCGGGGACCAGACGCAAAGUGGAGCGUUUGUUUAUGGGGCGAUGAGCUUCACUGACAAGGUGGCCAACGGAGUAGCUGUUAUGAUGAUACAGACUCUACACCCCUGCCAUUCUCAGGUCUGCUGUCCAGCGUGUGUGUGGUACUACCACUAUGUCAUGGUCAUAGCAACAGGGGGCGUGGCCGUCAUAGCAGCUCUCAGUCUCUGUACCAUCCUUGUCUGGCCUAUCAGGAUCGUCCGACAGACCGACGUGAAGAACAUAGACAAUCCUAACUACGAUUGGGUGGUUUCAGUGGGGCGGGGCCAGGACUCUGGCAAGAAGAACCAACACAAGGAGAACAUAGACAACCCUAACUACACUCAGGAAGCGGGGCAGGGUCUGCCUUACAUCUCAGGUCUGAUGGGCAGCGAGGAUCAGGACAUCUCUGAGGACAACUCUUACCAGCCUAGACCAACGGUCAACUAAGGAACUACGGUUGGCAGAGUUACCUGGACCCUACUGUAGUAGAGACCAGCCAGUCCCACUUAUCCCUGGGUGAAUAACCACUGCAGAACCCAGCCUGUCUCUUCAGGGAUUAUAGGGUUUAACUCUGUGGCCUCUCCAGGACUCACUCAGGCAUCUUAAAACUCUCAACUGGAACAACAAACAUUUUAGACUGAAAAGUCAUCUCACCGUAGUGUUCACAAACAGCCAACUGGACUAGCAGUAGUUCCUCUGAAAGAAUCAAGACUUUCCUUCUGGACCUGACCAGUAGCUGUGCUGUACUGCAGGGGAGUUGGGUUGAAGAGCAGCCAUCAGGACCCAUUUCUACUAUAGAUCAAUACGUUGCUUUGCUGUCGCAGAGUAUCGGUCAAUUCAGUGUACAACAUUACUGUCAACAUGAGGGAGGUUAUACAGUAACACAGUCCAUUGUCUCUCUCUCAAUCAGCACCUUCUCACAGUCAUACUGCGGUUGAUUCAGAGGGCUGAUUCAGUUGGUUGAUUCAAUUAUGUGGAUUCAGUUGAAUGAUUCAGUUGGUUGAUUCAGUUGGUAGGAUUCAGUUGGCUGAUUCAGUUGGUUGAUUCAGUUCAACAGUGCCGAAGUGAUUGAGUACAUAUCUACACUGACACACUCGGGUCCAGAAUACGUACAUACCCCUCUUGAGAAAAGUCCUAUAAUACACUAUUAUACCAUCUGUUGUGAAUGUCCAAAAACAAUACAUUAUUGAACUUAAUUGACACACUAUUUAUGCUGAUUACAGCCCACUGGGCACACACUGGUUGAAUCAGCGUUGUUUCCACGUCAUUUCAAUGAAAUGACUUUGAACCAACAUGGAAUAGAUGUUGAAUGGCCGUCUGCCCAGUGGGAGGUGACAUGUCAUCAGAACAGCUUUUGUUUUGAACCAACAUGGAAUGGAUGUUGAAUGGCCGUCUGCCCAGUGGGAGGUGACAUGUCAUCAGAACAGCUUUUGUUUUGAACCAACAUGGAAUAGAUGUUGAAUGGCCGUCUGCCCAGUGGGAGGUGACAUGUCAUCAGAACAGCUUUUGUUUUGAACCAACAUGGAAUGGAUGUUGAAUGGCCGUCUGCCCAGUGGGAGGUGACAUGUCAUCAGAACAGCUUUUGUUUUGAACCAACAUGGAAUGGAUGUUGAAUGGCCGUCUGCCCAGUGGGAGGUGACAUGUCAUCAGAACAGCUUUUGUUUUGAACCAACAUGGAAUGGAUGUUGAAUGGCCGUCUGCCCAGUGGGAGGUGACAUGUCAUCAGAACAGCUUUUGUUUUGAACCAACAUGGAAUAGAUGUUGAAUGGCCGUCUGCCCAGUGGGAGGUGACAUGUCAUCAGAACAGCUUUUGUUUUGAACCAACAUGGAAUAGAUGUUGAAUGGCCGUCUGCCCAGUGGGAGGUGACAUGUCAUCAGAACAGCUUUUGUUUUGAACCAACAUGGAAUAGAUGUUAAAUGGCCGUCUGCCCAGUGGGAGGUGACAUGUCAUCAGAACAGCUUUUGUUUUGAACCAACAUGGAAUAGAUGUUGAAUGGCCGUCUGCCCAGUGGGAGGUGACAUGUCAUCAGAACAGCUUUUGUUUUGAACCAACAUGGAAUAGAUGUUGAAUGGCCGUCUGCCCAGUGGGAGGUGACAUGUCAUCAGAACAGCUUUUGUUUUGAACCAACAUGGAAUAGAUGUUGAAUGGCCGUCUGCCCAGUGGGAGGUGACAUGUCAUCAGAACAGCUUUUGUUUUGAACCAACAUGGAAUGGAUGUUGAAUGGCCGUCUGCCCAGUGGGAGGUGACAUGUCAUCAGAACAGCUUUUGUUUUGAACCAACAUGGAAUAGAUGUUGAAUGGCCGUCUGCCCAGUGGGAGGUGACAUGUCAUCAGAACAGCUUUUGUUUUGAACCAACAUGGAAUGGAUGUUGAAUGGCCGUCUGCCCAGUGGGAGGUGACAUGUCAUCAGAACAGCUUUUGUUUUGAACCAACAUGGAAUAGAUGUUGAAUGGCCGUCUGCCCAGUGGGAGGUGACAUGUCAUCAGAACAGCUUUUGUUUUGAGGUAAGUUGUCAAUGUAACUAUUGUGUGUUUUAUUCCAGUGUUGGGAACAUUUAAUUCCAGUGUGGUAGUCAUUGUGUUGUAGUAAUAAUAUGACGUUGUGUUGCUUUAAACUACAUCAUGUUGUGUGUUUUGAUGACAUGUUCUUAUGUAAAUUGCGUUGCAAGUAAAAUAAGGAUUUGUGGGGGCAUUUAUUAAAUUAAAACGAAUCAGGAUUGUGAAAAGGGAUACCUUGCAAUAUGGAUAAACCGAGUGGAAUAAAUACUGAGCAACAAUAUAAACGCAACCAUUUUACUGAGUUACUGGUCCUAUGACUUCGUUAGGGCUUAAUCUAUGGAUUUCACAUGACUGCGUAGGGGCACAGCCGUGGGCGGUCCUUGGCCAAGGAGAAAUGCUCACUAACAGGGAUGUAAAACACAAUGUGCUCAAAAUUAGAUAGAAAUCAUAUUUUUGUACGUAUGGAACAUUUCUGGGAUCUUCUUUUUUUCAGCUCAUGAAACAUGGGACCAACUCUUUACAUGUUGCGGUUAUAUUUUUGUUCAGUAUAUAUGAAUAGUAGAAUAUAUUUCCUGGGUGAUAUUCAGGUUACUGGACAGACAGAGAUGAUUCUACGUCUCAAACAAUAGAACUAGAAUCAUUAGAGUAGAAUCAUUCUAAUUCUACGGGGGAAACAUUUUGCACAGGGUGACUAGGAAACUGCCUUAUAGGAAAACAUUUGAUCUCUCUCAAAUUGUUUUGUAUUCAUUGCUUUUUAUUUCCAAUAUAUUGUGAAGUGACUUUUUCCCCCCUACUGUUCAUGUCUGUUUUUUGCUCAUUCUUUGGGAAGUAUAUUAAACAUAUUUCAUACUACUGU